UCGGGCUCGCCCAUAUAGGGCGCCGCAGCGGGAACGCGGCUUACGGUACUUUGGCCGAGGUUAGAAGGCAGGCGGCGAGAUGAGUCGGGCCCCGGUGUUCUUGAGCGCGGCCGAGGUGCAGGACCACCUGCACAGCUCCAGCCUCCUCAUCCCGCCUCUGGAGGCGGCGCUGGCCAACUUCUCCAGCGGCCCCGACGGAGGGGUCAUGCAGCCGGUGCGCACCGUGGUGCCGGUGGCCAAGCACAGGGGCUUCCUGGGGGUCAUGCCCGCCUAUAGUGCAGCGGAAGAUGCACUGACCACCAAGCUGGUUACCUUCUACGAGGGCCACAGCACCACCUCCACCAUCCCCUCCCACCAGGCUACGGUGCUACUCUUUGAGCCUAGCAAUGGCUCCCUGCUGGCGGUCAUGGAUGGAAAUGUCAUCACUGCAAAGAGAACAGCUGCAGUAUCGGCCAUCGCCACCAAGUUCUUGAAACCCCCCAGCAGUGAGGUGUUGUGCAUCCUUGGGGCUGGGGUCCAGGCCUACAGCCACUAUGAGGUCUUCACAGAGCAGUUCUCCUUUAAGGAGGUGAGGAUAUGGAACCGCACCAAAGAAAAUGCAGAAAAGUUUGCAGUCACGGUGCAAGGAGAGGUACGAGUCUGUUCAUCAGUCCAGGAGGCUGUGACAGAUGCUGAUGUGAUCAUCACUGUUACCAUGGCAACUGAGCCCAUUUUGUUUGGUGAAUGGGUAAAGCCAGGGGCUCACAUCAAUGCUAUCGGUGCCAGCAGACCCGACUGGAGAGAACUGGAUGAUGAGCUCAUGAAGCAGGCUGUGCUGUAUGUGGAUUCGCACGAGGCUGCCCUGAAGGAGUCGGGAGAUGUCCUGUUGUCAGGGGCUGAGAUUUUUGCUGAACUGGGAGAAGUGGUGAAGGGCGUGAAGCCAGCCUACCGUGAGAAGACCACAGUGUUCAAGUCUUUGGGAAUGGCUGUGGAAGACACAGUGGCAGCUAAACUAGUGUAUGAUUCCUGGUCAUCUGGUAAAUAAAACAAAGGAACUUGGUGCUCAAGAGCUGUUGCCACUGGUUGUCACAACAUUUCUCGAUCAAACGAGGGAGCCCAGUCCAUAGUGAACUGUAGUUUUGCAUUGAUUAUGUUUUACCUUAAAUAUUAGAUCCCCAUUCAUGUGUGUAGUUGGAAAACAAAACUGGGUAACCAUUUCUUCUGGUAAGCCAGGUUACAACAGUGUUCCUUUUCCUUGUAUUUCCUUGAAUACCUUUUGUAUUUCCCUGAAAUAAAGCAUUUUCUGAUUCUGCAA